AUGUCUUUAGGUGUAAAAGUAAUGAAUUUUAUUCAACCAUCACAUUAUGAAUUAUCAAUUACUUUAUCAGAUGAUUUUUUUUCGGAAAAGACUAAUGGCAGUGAUAUUAGUUAUUCUGCAAGUUUAACAAUACAUUGUAAUAUUGUUAAUGAUGAAGAUGAUAAUUAUAUUUUACCUUCUAUUGAAUUGGAUUGUAAUUCUGAUAGAAUUGAAAUAUUUGGAGUUUCCAUUGAAAAGAAUAAAAACAAAUUAAAAGGAACUUUAUUUGAACAAAAUAAGAAACCAAUUUCAACAUCAUCUAAUUCAUCAUCAUCUAAGAAUGAACAAAAAAAGAAAAAGAAUGAUAAAUCAUGUAAUCACAAUCAUAAUAAUAAUAAUAGUGAAAUAUCAUCAAAUAAGAAGGGAUUAAUUAUUAAAUCACCAAUUGAACCAUUUACAUUAGGAAAGUAUGAAAUUAAAAUUUCCUUUAAAGGAAUAAUAGUUCCAUCUAAAAAAGCCAUGUCAGGAUUAUUCUAUUCAAUUCAUUCUAAAAAUUCUUCAAAGAUUAUUUGUUCACAUUUUGAAGCACAUUUUGCACAUUAUGCAUUUCCUUGUUUUGAUGAUUGGACACAAAAGGCAACAUUUCAACUUGGUAUUUCAAAUUUAAAUUCAAAUUACAAAUGUAUUUCAAAUAUGUCUGUAAAGAUGAAAAAUGAUUCAAAGAAAACUGUCAUGUUUAAUACUAGUCCUAAAAUGUCAAUUUAUUUAUUAGGUAUAUUUAUUGGACAAUUUGAAUGUUUAGAAACUAGUUAUAUUUCUAAAAAGGAUGAAGAUGAAACUGAAUUUCCAAUUUCUGUUUAUUAUUUAGAAUCUGGAAGUUCUUUAAUUGUAGAUAAUUCAAAAACUAUUUUAGAAAUGAGUUGUAAAAUUUUACCUCUUUUAGAAGAUUAUUUUGAUCAAUCAAUUUUAAAACAAAAUAUUUCAAAACUUGAUUGGAUUAUUGUUCCAGAAUUAAUUAUUGGAGGUGGAAUGGAAAAUUGGUCAUGUAUUACUUUACUUGAAAAACAUACAGCAAAUACUUCGAUGGAUAUGAAGAAAUUGGGACCUUUUGUUGAAAUUCUAGCUCAUGAACUUUCACAUUUCUGGGUUGGAAAUUUAGUUGGUUUUCCAUUUCAUAUUAAAGAAGGAUUGGCAAUGUAUUUGGAAAAGAUUAUUACAGAUCAAGUUUUAAAACGUGCAAAUUCAAUUACCAUCAAGAAGAAUGAUAAGAAGAAUAAUAAUACUUCAAUCAUUUCAGAAAUCAAAUCAGCUAGUAAUAAUGAUGCUAAUUUAUCAGUUGAACAAAUGUUCCAGAAAAUGUUUACAGGUGUUGCCUACACUCAAUGCUUUGAUUUUAUUUGUAAUGAAUGUGUUGGUACUCUGGGUCCAACUGUUUUCAGAGAUCGUCUUCGUCAGGUUAUUUCAGAUAAUGAAUUUGGUUUUGUGAAUGAAGAUGAUUUUGUUCAAUCUUUUAAAUAA